UGAUGCCAUAUUGGACACACACACACAAACACACACACACACACACACAGCUCCUGCUUCAACCAGAACACCGGAUCACUCAAUUCAGAUAGACGGGGGAAAAACACGCAUAAGGCAUGGAUUGUGUAGAGGAGGAGGUGGAUUUUAACUGGGAGGAGUACCUCGAAGAGACCGGAGCCACUGCUGCCCCUCACACUUCAUUCAGACAUGUGGAGCUCAGUCUUCAGAGCAGUUUUCAGCCCGGAAUGAAGCUUGAAGUAGCUAAUAAGGGCAGUCUGGACACAUAUUGGGUGGCCACCAUUAUAACCACAUGUGGUCAGUUGCUAUUGUUACGCUACUGUGGCUAUGGCGACGACCGCAAGACUGACUUCUGGUGUGAUGUCAUGACAGCCGAACUUCAUCCUGUCGGCUGGUGCGCUCAGAACAACAAAACGCUUCAGCCACCUGAAGAUAACGUUUACCUCAGAGCAGCUAUUAAAGAGAAGAACAGUGACUGGACUGAGUUUCUAAUCAAAGAGCUCACAGGUUCACGAACAGCACCGGCAAACUUGCUUGAAGGGCCAUUAAGAGGUAAAAACACAGUGGAUCUGAUUGUGGUAGGCUGUAUUUUAGAGGUGCGGGAUGCAUGUGAACCCAACGUGUACUGGGCAGCACGAGUCAAGAGUAACAUUGGUGGACGUUUAUGUCUCAGCUAUGUUGGAUUAAAUGACCCCGCCUACGACAUGUGGAUGUUUUACCUUGACACCAGGCUCCGCCCCCUGGGUUGGGCCAAAGAGAAUUAUCUAUCAAACAAACCACCCACAGAUCUGUGUGAUUUGAGGAGCAGCUCAGAAUGGACUGAAGCUUUAGAAGAAGCCACAGCCGAAUCCUUAAAAAGUCCCCUUCCACUGGAGGUCUUCAAGGAUCAUGCGGACCUACACACACACUCCUUCAGGCCAGGAAUGAAGCUUGAAAUGGUGACACCCAAAGAACCCUUCAACAUCUGCCCCGUGUCUGUAACUAAAGUCUAUAACGAAUACUACUUUCAGAUCACAGUUGAUGACCUCACAGCUGAAGCCACGCCCACAUGCGUGGUGUGUCACGCUGAUUCACCGGGCAUCCUGCCAGUGCAGUGGUGUCUGAAGAAUGGUGUUGGACUGGAGAGGCCACAAGGUUUUGAGUCACAGGACUUUGAUUGGGCGGACUAUCUCAAACACACUGGCACUGAAGCAGCUCCAGACGUGUGUUUCCCAAACGCGUCUCAGAGCAGGGGCUUCUGUAAGGAUAUGUGGCUUGAAGCCGUGAAUCCACUCCAACCUUCCGAACUCUGCGUCGCUCGAAUCACUCAGGUCAAAGGUCGACUUCUCUGGGUCAGACUGGAAGGUCUGAGCAAGCCGUUACCGGAUUGUAUAGUGGAUGUUGAGAGUAUGAAUAUCUUCCCUAUGGGCUGGUGUGAAGCUAACGGCUAUCCACUAACACAUUUACAAAAGACAGUCUGUCUGCCUCAGAAGAAGAUUGCUGUUGUUCAGCCUGAAAAACAGUUGGUCCCCUCACAGCCCCCUGAUGCCCCUCUUAACCUGUGCUCAUCCAUCGCCAUGGACACAGGUUUGGUGAAUGGAAAGUACUGUUGUUCUCAGCUCUUCAUCAAUCAUCGCUGUUUCUCUGGUCCGUAUCUCAACAAAGGUCGAAUCACUGAGUUACCAAAGGCUGUGGGGCCCGGCAAGUGUGCUGUAGUCCUCAAAGAGAUUCUGACAAUGUUAAUAAACUCAGCGUAUAAACCUGGCCGUGUGCUCAGAGAACUACAGAUGGUGGAAGACCCACAGUGGAACUGUCAGGAGGAAACCCUGAAAGCCAAAUAUAAAGGGAAAAGCUAUCGGUCCAACAUGAGGAUCGUCCGAACGGCAGAUCAAGUGUCAGAGUUUUGUCGUCGAGUAUGCGAGAGACUUCAGUGUUGUCUGAAUCUUUUCGGCCCAACAAUCGUGUCCGACAAGUGCCCUGAAAACUGCUUCAGUCAGACCAAGACCAAAUACACAUAUUACAAGAAGAGGAAAGUUGGCCGGCCAAGUUUAGGGGAGAAUGCUCAGGAUGGUGACAUGACCAAACCAGCGCGACGGCGGAAGAAACGCAAAGCCAUCUUUGUCCAGAAGAAACGGCGCACUUCCAUUGUAGGAUACCAAACCACAGAGUCACCUCAGGAUAGUGAUUAUUACUAUGAUGAUGAGGAAGAAGAUUUCGAGGAGUGGGGCAGUGAGGUUAGUUCCAGCUCAAUGCGUGAGGAGAACUCCUUCAAGGACGUUCCGAAGAGAGGAAGACCACCGCGCCGAGCUGCUCUCCAGCGCAGGGCGACCCAUCCAGGGCCGGAGACCUCAGACAGAUCCUCUCCCAGAAGAACCACACGCUCGGUUUCUUACAGCCAGAACCAGACGGCCAAAAACACAAACGCAAAGAGUUUUGAAGAGGAAGAUCGUCUGGUGUUAGAGAGGAAUCCUCUGGAAUGGAGCGUCUCUGAUGUGGUUGACUUCAUCACAUCCACAGAUUGUGCCUCUCUGGCAAAGAUAUUCCAAGAGCAGGACAUUGAUGGCCAGGCUCUGUUGCUGCUGACACUUCCUACAGUCCAGGAAUGUAUGGACCUAAAGCUCGGCCCUGCCAUCAAACUCUGUCAUCAGAUCGAGCGAGUCAAAGUGGCCUUCUACUCCCAGUUCGCUAACUAAGCUAACUUUCUGCCUCGGUGGACCUAAAUCAACAGAGACCUAUGUAUUGUACUCAGGGGAUGUAAAGAGUCAUUCCAUCCAUCAGGAAGCCUCAGGUUGCCUCAUACCGAAUGGAUUGUUUUUUUUUUCAUAAUUUGCCUUCAAUAUGAGAUUUAGUCAUGGAACAUGACAUUAUUUCUGCUUUCCCUGCUAAAGAAAACCUACCUGGACUCCCAGUCUAGUCAAACUGGUGUUUAGAAGAUUUGUCUGGAUGGUCAGCUGGAAAAGUACCAAAAACCUCUUUAAAGCCAUCAAAAUAGACCAGCCUGACCAUGCUUCAACAACCGCACACUCUUGAAAAUAAAAGAUCCAAAAGGUUGCCAUAGAUCAGUUCUUCUUUCGUUUUUUCUUAGUGUGAAGAACGUUUUAGAAAAAGAAACGUUUUCCACUAUAAAGAACCGGUUAUGUUAAGCACUGAUGCCAAUAAAGAAUCUUUAUUUUUAAAGAGUGUAGUUUUUUUUUGUUUUUUUUUCAUGAGUGUGG